AUGGAUAUAUAAAAAACUUUUAAAAAAGUAAAUACCCUAGAUGCAAAUAACAGCUAGGUAGGAUAAGCUAACAGUAGCUUCCAAGGUUAAAUACAAGAAAAUUCCAAUAUGUUUAGAUCCUAAUAGCCUUUAAAAGAUAAACUAGCAAUAUCAGGGUUUAUAAUGCCAAAAUAAGAUGAAGUCAUUGAUUAGAGGACUUCAUUUAAUGAUCUUGGAUUUGAUUAUAAAAAGGAAAAAUAAGAAAUCGAAGAAAAUGAAGAGGAUAUGAUACUAAAGAAUGAAAAAUAUUAAAACAGAACAAUACAAGUUUAAUAUGGCUCAUUAAUUACAAUUUCAUUAGCAGAAUAUACAGAUUGUUACAUUUAUUCAGACGGCUUCUCUUCGAAAACAAUUAAAUUAAAAGAGUUUAAAUCAGCUUGCGGAUAACGUGACCUCGACUUUUUUAACUCAGUUUUUAUGAUUUUACCCACCAUGGAAUAUAAAUACUAGUACCAACUUCUUCAUUAGUUCGUUUUUCCUGAGUCUAAAAAGAAGCAUGGAAAUGACAAACUUUAGGAACGUAAGCAAAAGAUACAAACAUUUCAAUAGAAUAUAGAGGGUGAAUUUAGUGCUAAUAUCUUAAGUUUUAAUAAACUCAAAGGCACUCCUGUCUCUUUUUCAACAUCUUCUUUUCACUUAGUCCAUAAAGCAUCACUGAAAUAUCUUUCAGUUGAUGAUACAAACUAAGAUAACUACAUAUUUAAAUUUGUCGACUUUCCAGAUCAAAAUUGCUUAUUUAAAUUCAUGCCUUGUCUCAUGUUUUAAAAUCAGCGUCAAACUACCUCAAAUGCAGUAUUUAACAAAGAUAAUCUUUACAUAGUAAGUUCUAAGCCCAUUCAUAAUCGUAAACCCUACAUAUUUACUGAUUAUGCAGGACAAAAAGAAAUCAAUAAAAUAAAUGUACUCCAGGAUGAGUCUUCGUAUGGCAAAAUUUACGCAAAUUUAGAAACUACUUGCAAAUGGAGAAUUAACAUAUUUUAGCAGCCUGAGCUGGCCGAUAAAUCUUAUUAUAUGAAUGUUGGUGAUUCUAUUUGGCUAAAUUUAUCAGAAUACCAUUACCAAUUUUCUACUUCAAGGACUGUUAAUAUUUAUCAAAGAAUAAAAAACAUAAUUUAUUCAAAUAACGAUUAACAGUAAUCUAACAAUCUAUAAAGCCAUGCCUCUGAAGUAAACAUAAAUAAAAAUAAGUCUAUGCUAAAUAAUAGCUAAGCUAUCCCAAACCAAUAGAACUAAUAAGCAAAUUAACCUCAAUCUACUCAAAAUUAAUAAAUACCUUUUUCACCUGUGGCUUUAAAUAACCUCAAUAUAAAUAAUACUGCUAAUGAUAAGUAAUAUUAAAAAUCAUCAAGUACUGUUGGAAAAAUUCAAAAAUAGUUUACUCAAGGACAAGAAUUCCUCACUCCUAAUUAUUAAAAAAUGAACACUCUGCAAGUCGAAGAUCAAAAUGCUGCAUAUUCUGUUAGCGGUUCAAGAGUUUCUAGGUAAUAAAGUGGUUUAAGCAACUCCCAUGAGUUUGAAGAUGAGGAAGACUAUGAUGAAAAUUUAGAUAAUAAUAUUGAAAUACUUGAAAAUGAGAUUUUUCAUAAUGCUGAAGUGGCUUUAAUUCAUUAAAAUCAGGACGAUAUGAACAAUUUCGAUAAGAAAGAAGAGGGCUAGAAAUUUAGAUCUAUUCCUUCCUAAUACAAAAAUGAAAAAGCUUAAGCAAAUCAAUUAGAAGAAAAUGAUUCGGAUGAUGAAGAAAUCAAAACAGAUCAAAAAAAUUAGAAAUCUUAAAAUUUGAACACUUAAGGUCUAUGGAAGAUAGAAAGCGAGUACUUUGCAGUUGGUGGUUUCUUAGAAUGGAAGUAAAAUUACCGUCUAAGACAUUUUGCUACAGGAAAGUAUCUAUCUCUUCAACAAAAGAAUGGAUAAGUUGAGAUGGUCCUUACUUCAAGACCAACUCCAUAGACUUUGUUUAAUUUUGUAGCUGUGCAAGCUAUAUCCUCUAACUUGAAUACUUUUUCAAAACAAAAAUAUAUUUCAAAAGACAGCUUUUAUUGCUUAAAAAGCAAAACUAUAGAUGGAUAUAUUGGAAUAAACUAGCUUAAACUCUUAGAAGAAAAUAAAUGCUAAAUGAAGAUAAAUUAAACAUAAAAUCAAUUCAAUAUUUUCAAAAUGAAGAAAGCCAACUUUGAUGAUAAUUGGGAAAUUAAUUUCUUAUUGUGUUGUGUUCCUAUUCUUACUGAAUCUAUAAAGUUUAUUAACAGAAUUGGUAAGAAGUCUAUCCUUGAGAGGUUUUCUAAAAAUAGGUCAACCUAUGAGUAUAUGUUUUCAAGAAUAAAAUAAGUUCUUAAAGAUAUUGAUGCAUUUAUCUGCAAUACAUUAACAUCUAACAUUUCAGUAACAGAAGAAUAUGGUAAACCUUCCAUUGAACGUUCUAAUAUUUUGAGAGAAUAGCAUGUAAUUGGUAUCUUAUGCCUGUUACUGUUUAAGACAUAUCCAAGAGAAGAUUUACAAAAAGCUCUAAAUAUGGAAAAUGUAACAGAAAGAAUAAGAUAAGAAUAAGAGAAAGGGUUUAACAGAAACAAUAGCAAUAAUACUGUCCAUUAAUAUUAAGCUUCAGAAUAUGGGACAAACAAAAAACCUCUUUCAAAAAUGAUGGAAGACUUAAUUUUAAAAAAAUACAGCAUUAGCAUUCUUAUCUAUAAGAUAUUCCAAAACGUGUGCUUUGACAAUAAAUAGAAUUAAGAAUAUCUUUUUAAGUAUAUGAGCGAAUUUUAGAAGCAAGUAGGCUCACAAGAUAUUGUUUGUGAAAGCUUAAUCAAAUUCUUUAGAUUGAACAGGAUGAUUAUUUAAAGAUUUUCUCUUCCCAUUUAUCAUAGAAAGACAUAAAGGAAAUUAAGUAGAAUGGCUCCACCAUAAUUGUCUCCCUCACCAAGCGACGUUAAGUAGACAGGAAGCCAUUUAAGUGCUGGCGAAGAAAAAACAUCUCAUUUAAAUAUGAUAAUUAAUAAAUUAGUUUCAUACUAAGGAUAGAAAAAGAAUGAUAUCCUUAAAUUUCUUACAUAAUUUUGUAAAUAUAUGGAUAAAGCUAUCUUUAAUAAUUAGGAAGUUAUAUUUAGUAAUCUAAUCAUUAAAUACAAAAAUAGUUCUCAGUCUCCUUUGUUUUAACUUUGUCUUUAAGGAGGGGAUUGUUUGACUAUAUAACUUCUUGACAACUUUGACGAGAAGUAGUUAUAAAUAGCAGAUUUUUUGCAACUUGAUGAAGAUGAAUAUGAAUUUGAUGAUUAGGAUGGAAUUGCAGAUGAAGAAGAAAAACCUGAUUCAAAGAAAAAAUUAUCAGGAUAAAAUAUUAAAGUAAAUGCUGAAAAAGAAAAUCCUAACAAUAAUUUUUUGAUGAAUUAGCUCAAUCUAUUCUCGAACCUUUGUUUAAAUCGUAACUAUAAUUGCUGCAAUUACUUCAUGGAGAUAUUCCCUCUAAAGACUCUUAUAGAGCAAGUUGAGAAUGAGCUUAUUAAAAAUGAAUAAGUAAAAGCUGCUUUCCUCAAGCUUAUUCACUAUAUUUAUUUGGAUAAGGAGCCUAGGACUAUUCAGAUAAAACCAAAUUAUAUCAGAAUUAUUGACUAGGAAGCUGAUUAGUUGUAUAUUGAAAAAUUCUAAUCAGAGAGAAAAAGAGUAGCUAGCUUAACAUAUAAAGAAUCAACUCAUAAUAAUCAUUAGAAUGGAAAUAUUGAAAUGUAAAAUUUGUAAAUUAUGUCACAAGCAAGCAAAGUAAAUAAGCUAAACCAAAACAACUAAGAAGCAAUAAGUUUGCUUUAAAAAGUUGAAGGCCAAGAAUUACUCACAACUUUGAAUGAAUAAGAUUAAAACGAAAUCAACUGUCUAAAAAAACUAAAGAGUGAUUUAUUAAAGUUUUUGCUUUAAAAGGAAGAGCUUCUGAAGAAGGUUACUCAUGACACACAAGAUAAAAUUUUUAAUGCAAUGACUUAUGAAGCUAUUAAAAUGUUAAAGAUGAUGCUUAAGUUUGGAAUUUUCAAUUAAGAAUUGGAAGCCCCAGUUGAAGAUUUUAAAAAAAAGACAAUGAAAACAUUUAUCCCAACAAAGCUUGUUGAAGCAUUAAAAAAGAAGGAAGAGCCAAAACCAAAAACUGAAAUAGAAAAAUUAAUAGGAAUUUGUGUGAAGAUUUUAGAAUACGAUCAAUUUUACUAGGAAACUUUGUAAGAUCUCAAUAUCGUUAGAAGAACAGAUGAAGUGAAGAAGCCUACAGAUAUGAUUAAUUUAAAGGUAUUCCAAGGAGGUAUGAACCUUAUUGGAUAGGGAUUAACAGGUAUUAAGGACAUAUUUGAUCUGGCUACAGGAGGAGGUAAUAAGGAAGGUAAAAAAAAUGAAUAAAAGAAGAAAGCUGUUGCUUUAGAUGAAAUUAGCGCUGAUAUUGUUACUGAUCCACUUUUUAAGAAAAUAUAAGGCCUUAAAAAAGUUUUAAACAAAUAUACCAAUAAAACUUACCUUUCUAAGGAAGAGCUUAAAAAAGAUUAAGAAGAAGAUUACGAAACUGGAAUUAAAAUAUAAAUUUGUUAAAUUUUCUAAGAAAUGCUAAACAUCUAAUAAGAUUUCUAUUUAGACAAUACUAUCAGCUUCUUUAAAAAGAAUUUGGUUCAAAUUCAUAAUAAAAUUAAUUAGCCAAAAUCUCAGCAAAAGAUAAAUAUAUCUUCACUUCUUCCCGAAGAUCCUUUUGAGGUUGGUCAACCAUAUGAAAAUUAAGAAGAAUUUGUCAAUUAUACAGAGAAGAUACCCCCUAAAUCAUUUGAUGCAAUUCUCGAAAGAUCUUUUAUGGAAACUUUAUUGAUUAGCUUUUACUUUGCAGAUAAUCCUAAUUUGAGCAAUGAAAUUAUGAACCUCUUAAAAAGAGUUUGCAACUAAAAAGGAGAAUUGAUUAAUAACAUAGCUAAAAUAGAGCUAUUACUUACUCACGAAAGUAAAAAAACUUACCAUACACUUAGCUUGUAAGUGAGUAAACUUAAGAAUCUUAUCUAAAAUAGUUAAAUUUGGCUCUAAAUCUCAUAAAAUAAAGAGAGUGAAAUCAAAAUGACACAAUGUUUAGAAUGCUUACAAUAAAUCAUAAAUUAAUUGACUUUUUCUGAUAUUCAAAACUCAGAAGAGCAAUAACAGUAAAUGAAGAUAGGAUAAAGUAUAUUCAAACAUGUUACAGGAGAUGAUACCAUUUUACAAUUAAUAGAAAGAGCUACUAUUCUAUUUCAUAGUCAGAAAGAAAUAUUCUUUAAUAACCAAUUAGAAAAAAAUGAAAAAAUAAGCCAAAUCAUUCAGAUGAUUAACUUUUGCUAUUAGAUAUUAGUAUUAUUCUGUAGAAAUAAUAGCGCUCACUAAGAGCUUUUCUUUGAAAAGAUAUUUAAAAUUCUUAUUUAAUUUUAAGACUUUAACUUUGGACAGCUACCUUUAAUUCAAGAAAUCAUUUAAGGGAAUGUGAAUAUUUGCACGUAGUUAAGGGCAGAGGAUUUAAAAUUCAUAGCAGAAUUUAUUGUUAACCAUGGAAAAUACACAUAGUUUUUAAGUAUAUUUGAUAUUAUCAUAGAAACAGUCACUGAAAAAGAUGAUAAAUAAAGCAAAAUUAUGCAAUCUAUGGUUAUAAAAAUUCUAUUUGAUGAUAGAAUUGCUUAAAAGAUCAACCCUUUUGUUGAAAGCUACUCAGAUCAAGAUGAAAACACCUAUUAGUUCUUUGCAGAAUUACCUGAUAUAAAAGGCUACAAGGAAAUUCUAAUUAGAUUGAUAUCUAAAGGAUUAGAUAAAGAUAGUGAUAUUUCUUUGAUUUCGAAAAUGAAUAAAGUUAUUUCAGCUGAUAAUUUAUUACAAGAAUUGUAUCAAUCAUAAACAGAAAGCAUCCAAUAUGAAAGAUCGCAAGAAAAAUAGCAUUUAAUGAUACCUUCUUAUAAAAAACAAAAAAAAAUAUUAAAAAUACUGCUUUACUAUUUGACAAAGAGUCAAAAAGAUUAUAUCGAAAACUAAUUCCGUGGAAGUAAAGUUUUAUUAUAACUAAUCUAAUUAAUCACGGAUAGACUAAAAGAAGAAAGACCUUAUACUAUUAAGUUUUAAAUAAUUCUUAUAGAUAGGAUUAUUCCUUUAAUUAAUAUUUAUUCAGAGCUCUUUUUAAGAGAAUAAAACAUAUAGCUAACAGAAUCGUAAGACUUCUUAGCUCUUUCUAAAAGUUCAUUCUAGUAGUUUACUGUUGAAUAUAUCCGUUAAGCUGAUUAAUUCCACAAAGAAUAUGAACCGAUUUUCAUUAAAGAUGUUAGAUAUAGAAAUCUUUUUAGACUUAGUAAUUUCUAUUCAGUUCCCAUACCAAAAACUUUGAAUUUUGCUAGGGAAUAAGGAGAUGGAUUUAUAUAAAAUAAGGAUUCUGAAAUGGGCCAAUUUGUAGCGAGAUUAGAAAAUAGCCGUUUAGAUAGUUACUCUUCUCUAAAUAGUAAGAGAUAAAACUCCUUUAAUAUGAAUAAUACUAAAAGAGGAGGAAGUCUUACUAGCAGAUCAAAAUAAGUAGAUUAAGAUGAUAUGAGCUUCGAAGGAGAUAAGCUUAAGAAAAAAUAAAGUAACUUUAACACUAAUAAUAACAACAGUAGCAGUGCUAUCAAAUAAAAAUUAAAUGGAGAUAGAGGAAGUCCUUUGCUUUAAUUGUAAAAUUCACCUUCAUAACAUCAAAAUGGAAAAAAUUUGGAUAUAGAAAUGAUUAAUUUUAAUCCCAUUCAGAAAAAUAAUAUUGCUGAAGAAGAUAUGCAGGGUAUUGAUAAAAUUAACUCAAAUAGGUUAAGCAAUAAUAAGCUGCUUACUGUUAAUCUUAACAAACACUUGAGUUCUAUGAAACCAGCAGAUUAAGUUUUAUUCAAUCUGCAAAUUAAAGAUUAGUGGGAUAAUCUAAAAGAACUGCUUCAAAUUAAUGAAGAAAUAUAAGAAAAAUUAGAAGAUGAAAAGAGCCUGCUUUCUAACAACAUCUUAAAUGUCCAAAAUAUUUUCAUGGCAGAUUUGAAAGAUCACUAAAAAGACAUACUCUUAAACUCUGAAGAUUUGAUAACAAAAUGCCUAAAUUAUAUUGAAUUUUGGGAGAAGAAUCACUCAGAUAAAAAUGACAUCAUUUUUACAAUAAAAUCACUCUCAAAUAUUCUUAAACUGGAGGAUGAAGAUGAUGAAGAGUAACAAAAAGUAUAAUUUGAAAGGCAAAUUAUGCUGGAUAAACUAAAUGCUACAAAGAUUUGCCUUCUUUUAAUUUCUAGUGAUUAAAUGACAGUUGAUAAUGAUUUACUUUAUUAUAUUAUAAAAUUCCUUAUUCUAAUUCUUGAUGGUGGUAAUUAAACUGUUUAGAGGACAGUCUAUGAAUUCUUUUACUCCAGUUUAUAUUCUGAAUUUUCUGAAAAGUUCUUUUAUAAGAUUUAUAAUAUUUUAAAUGAUUAAGUUAUGUAAGAAACUACAGGCUAAAAAUACAUUGUUGGCAAAAAAUCAGAUAAAAUCAUAUUGAGAAUAUUAAGACUAUUACAAUUAUUUUGUGAAGGACACAACAAUAAUUUACAAAAUUUAAUGAGGGAUUAAAAAACAAACAAAAAAUCAUACAACUUUAUUCUUUAAAUCAUAAAAUUAUUAUCAACUUACAAAAUACACAAUGAAAACUAUGAAACCGUUAUUCAGUGCUUCGAUACAUUAACUGAAUUUAUUCAAGGACCUUGCCAUGGAAACUAAUAAUGCAUAAUUAGUAGUAAAUUUUUAGAUUAUGCAGUCUUGAUUCUGAGUGGAGACAAAAAAAUUUUGGAUGCUUAAGAAUUAAGAUAAUAAAAGUUUUUAGAGAAAAGCGAAAAACAAAAUAAUGCAUCAUAGCUGAUGAAAAAAUCAGGUUAAGUUGAUUCUAAGGGUGACAGAUAAAGUAAAAACUUGACUCUUAAAGAAAAAUCUGUCAAGAAAGUAGAUGUUGAAAAUAAUGUUUCUGGAUUUUUAAAUACAGAUAGAGAUGAACUACCAUAAGACGAUUUCCCUCUCCACUUAGGAAAAUUAGCACGUUUAAAAAAUAAAUGCUUAAUAACUAUAGUUAGUUUGCUUGAAUGUAAUAUCAAUUCAAAAGAGUUUGUAACUAAGAUUGUGAGAUCUAUCCCUUUGAAUAUACUUACAAAUAACUUGUCAAGAAUCUACCAACUAUAUCAAAAAUACGAAAAAGAUUAUGUUUAGUCAAUCUUUAAUAGAGCAGAUGAAGAUAUUGAUCCUAAAAAACCAGAAGAAUACUCUGAGCUUAUCAUAGAAAAUGGUUUUAACUUAUAUAUUUUAGUGAAUCUUUUCUUAGAAAACAAAAAAGGCCUUGAUGAAGAAGAUGAUGAAAUUAAAGAAUUCUUCGAUGAAUUUGCUAAAGAGGAGGAAGAAGGCGGUCUAAAAGGAUUAUUAAAAAAUAAUUUUUUGAUGGAUCUUACGAAGGUUGGAUAAGCAUUUAUCGGAUUAGGUGUUGGAGCUUUGAAGGACAUGUAUAAAAAAGCUACAACACUUGGUGAUAAAAGAAUGAUAGAAGAGCAAUAAAAAUAACUUAUUGAAAUAGAAAAUAAAGAAACAAAAAAGAAUGCAAUCAAGUUUUUCAAAGAGUAAGUUGGAAGAAUUGAAAUAGUCCGUGAUUAAUAACUUUAAUUUAUUUACUUCCCUAUUUUGCCAUUCUGCAAAAUGUUGCCAGAAGAAAUUAAUGAGGAUUUCCGUGAGCAUGUGCCACGUACAUCUGUCAAGACCUAAUUAUCUGCAUUGAUGGAUAAAUCUGAUUUUAUGAUAAAGAUCAUGAAACAUGAAGAAAGAUUGCGCUUACUCUUUUAAAAUAAUAAAGCUCUUGGUUUUUUAGCAUCUCAUGUACGUUUAUGGGAAAAAAUAGCCUUCUUCUUUGCUAGUGCAAUUAACAUCAUUAUUUUAUUCAGUUAUAGUUAAUUCUUUGCAACUGAUGAAUAAAAAGCAGAUUCAAAUCAACUUAAAACUGAGAGAUUGUUUGAUCCUAGACUUUUCUACAUUAAGAGUUAAACAAAUACUGAAAACUAUAUAAUUUCGCUUGGUACAGUUACUAUCAUAUUUUAUUCUAUUGUCGUGGCUGUAUUCUUAAUGAAAAAAGCACCUAUUUUGAUAGGUGAUAUUUGGGAAUAAUACUAUUUAUUGUAUACUACAAAGGAGAAAAAAGACAAAAAGAAGAAAGAUAAGGGUGUAAUGCCACUUAAAUUAGUUGGCGCACUAUCUUCUCAUUUUUUUGAUCUAAUUAAUAAAAUUAUGCUCUUUGUUCUUAAUGCCUUAAAGAGUGUCAUUAUUAUGCUUUAUGACUAUGAAAUCGUUUAUUACACUUUUAACAUGGCAGUUGUCAUUUUUGGUCUUACAAUUCACCCGUUUUUAUUUGCUGGUUGUUUAACUGACUUGUUGAGAACAAAAGUAUUAAAAAAUGUAGUUGCUGCAGUUUGGAUACCAAAAGGAGAAAUCUUUUUGCUACUGAUUUUAUUCAUUAUCUUCUAAUAUUAUUUUUCAUUAAUCGCUUACAUUUAUUUCAAUGAUCACUUCAAAGAUAACAGGUGUGAAACACUGUGGAGAUGUUUUAUUACUGUUUUUGAUUGGACAUUUAAGUAAAAUGGUGGUGUUGGAACGAGUAUGUGGGAACCAAAUAGUUUAUUGAAUUAUGCAGCUGCUGCAAGUCCACCUACUUUAACAAAUCUUAGUUCUACUAGUCCUAAUGGUACACUCGAACAAUACACAGGAGUUUAUUUCUCAAGAUUCGUUUAUGAUACUAUCACAAAUAUAGUCUUAUUAUUCAUUCUAAUUAAUAUCUUGAAAGGUAUUAUCGUUGAUAAAUUUAAAUCUCUAAAAGAUGACAUGUCUAGUAGAGAAGAAGAUGAGUAAUUCUACUGCUUUGUUUGUGGUAUUCAUAGAGAAAUUUUAGAUAAAGCUUAGGAGAAAAAAGGAUAUAUGUAUCAUAUUAAGUACGAACAUUACAUGUGGAACUACAUAUAUUAUAGAGCAUACUUAGAAUCCAAAGAUAAUACAGAAUACAAUGGAGAUGAAUCAUAUGUGAUCAAUAAAAUUUAGGAGAGUGAUUUAGGUUGGUUCCCUGUAAAUAAAACUUGGUCUGUGCAAAGAAAAGAAGAUGAGGAACUUAGACAGAUUCACAGUUAGGUCAUUGAAAAUAUCAAGGAUAUUAAUGAUAAGCUUAAAGAUACCUAAAUGAAAUUUGAUUCGAAGAUAGAAUAGGUUAUAACUUUAUAACCUGAUGAUGACGAGUAGUAUGAAUAUAUAGAUUGA